AUGGAGAGCAUGAGAAAAAGGAUACAAAUGGAAUUGGUAUCCAAUGACAGACGAUUACAAAAGCUCAUAAAUAAGAGCACGUUUAAACAUAGUACAUCUUAUACCGAAAAUUUGAAUGCCGUGUCACUAGAAAAUAAGAUUAUUGAAUUCAACAAACCUAUCUAUAUCGGUUUUUCAGUAUUAGACAUCAGUAAAACACUGAUGUACGAUUAUCAUUAUAAUGUUAUGAAAAAACACUAUAGAGAUAAUAUUAAACUAAUGUACACCGAUACAGAUUCUCUAGUGUAUCAUAUCAAUACGAAAGAUUUUUAUAGAAACUUGGCAAUCAACCCGAAUUUGUUGGAUCGAAUGGACACAUCUGACCUACCGACAGAUCACCCUUGCCAUAUAGCCGAGCGUAAAAAGAUACCAGGUCUAUUUUCUGACGAGACCAAGGGUGCUAUUAUGUCCGUAUUCUGUGCGUUGAGAGCCAAAUCAUACUCUUUCAUUUUGGGUGGAAAAGAGAAAAUCAAAGCCAAGGGGAUUAGGAAGCAUGUCGUCGAUAACCAUAUGACGUUCGCCGAUCACAAAAAAUGUUUGUUUGGAGAAGCUGGUGUGGUGGCGUAUAAGAAUAAUGUAUCAAUUAGGUCAUUCAAGCAUCAACUGAUGACAAUAAAAACGAUAAAGCUAACUUACAACAGUUUUGACGAUAAGAGGGUUAUCUUAGAAGACAAAAUCCAUACCUUGGCUUACGGGCAUUACUCAAUAAAGUAA